UUCCUAUAAAACUUGGGUGUGCCGUGGGUUAAUAAACGUAAAAUAGGUGCGGCUAUUAAACACUCCAUGGAAUUGGGACAAUUAGUUUUUCUUUCCAAGGUGUUUUGACACGAAACAGGUCUUGUUGUCCUAGUUUGUAAUUGUGGUGCGAUUAUCUUUCCUUUUCCAUCUUGUUACAAAUUUACGAUUACUAUGGCGGAUCCGUUAAUGGAUCUUAUAAAAAAUUCAGAAGAACCGGAAUGGCUCGAACGGACCGUAAUAGGUGAAAUGCGAGUAUGGCAAAUAAUGUUUUUAUGUAUAGCUGGUCUUACGACUUCAAUCGUAAUGGUGUGUUGCUGUUUCCGUUUCCGUAUUCCUCGUACAAAGCAACAGAUCGAGGCGGACUACAAACGUCGAAGAAUAACGAGAAAGUUCAGACAACAGCUGGAGACUAUCCAGGAUGCCAAAAUGGACACCAUUUCUUUAAAAGACGCAUUGGAGCUGCUGCACGAAACAUCUCAUUCGAUGGAGGAAAAUCAGGGAUCACCGCCUAGUUCCAUCAUGUCACCGCAACAGUUGAGUUCUCUAGAAACAUCAUUCCAUCCUGACCAAAAACCGGAUCUUCAGACUUCAAACUCCGGACUCAACUUCGUCAAAUUCGCGACUAAAGUUGCCAACUUAUCGAAACUCAGCCAACCAAAAUCUCCCACUUCACCGACAGCGCCCAGUCAAAUGGAUUUUUAAUGUAACCUUUUAUUGGAAUCAUUUAAGAUGUUAUAGUAGUAGUAGCAAAUAUUAUGUUGUUAAUUUUUGUAGAAAAGAUCAUUGUAGAUAUGUAUUUAUUUAUUUAUGUAUUGAUUAUGUCUUUAAUUCAAGCUUAUAACGCUUUAAGCCUAGAUUAAGUAGAUUUAAACAUAUAUUAAAACGGAAGUCUCUCUAAUGCUUCCCUUUAUGAAUUUAAUUAUUCGGGAAAUAAAACUAUUACAUAAGAGUGAAUUCAAUAAUUUCUGUGAACGGCUAUAAAAAUUUAAAUUGACUUAUAUUUAUACUUUUUUCUAAUUCGUAUUUCAAGUGACAAUCUCGGCUCGCUGUCAAACGUCAUACAGAAAUAAUUUGACAGCUUGAAAUUACAAUUUAGUUAAUUGUCCAAAUUUUUUGGGACUAUUUAUGGAUUUAGAGACUUGCGGCCUCUAUUUUUAUUUAUUUAUUUUACAGAAUGAUAAUCUAAAUAAUUGUAUAUUACAUUUGAAACUGCGUAUUACUGUAACAAUAGCAGUUAAGAGAGACAAAUGCAUAUAAAAAUAAUUAACUU